UGAACAGCUACAUCGGCGCGAUGGUCCAGGAGAUCCUCUCGCACAACGGCGACGUGCUGAAAUUCUCCGGCGACGCGUUCAUAGUCAUGUGGAAACUUGAGGAGGGUAUGAUCAUGCGUGACAUCGCGAUGGAAGCGAUACAAACCGCGUGUAUCAUACAGAAGCACUUCGGCACUUACGACACCGAUGUUGGCGUCACCCUGAAAGUGAAGCUUGCCAUCGCUUCCGGGAAAACGUACUUCACGUCUAUUGGCGACCCGAAAACGAUGUCACACUAUUUAAUCACUGGUAGACCGGUUUGGGACGUAAAACUUGCCGAAGGACUAUGUCGGGGUGGUGAUAUCCUCGUGACACCCAGCAGCUGGCAAUGGGCGAAUCCCAACGAAUACAUUUACGAGAAGUUACCAGACGGCUUUCACACGCUAAUCAUAGCUUGCUCGGGGAUGUGGUAUCAAUCUAGGACGCAUGAUAUCAUGUCUUGCAAUCACGACGGUGCAGUAAGGCCGAAAGUCAUAAAGGUGGCCAAAGCACACCUGAAGGAUGCGCUGAGGAGCUACUUGCUUCGACCGGUAGUGCGAUCCAUAGAAAUGGACGAGCCGCUGGAACAUCUUACAGAGAUGAGGCAGGUGGUCAUAGUCUUUAUCAACGUCAUCACGGCAAAUAUAGAGAAGAAAGGACUGAUCUCGCUCGUCAACGAGGCCUACAAGUUGGUCUGCGGGAUAGUCGGUCAGAUGCAGGGAUGCGUGAACAAGAUGUCCCUCUUCGACAAGGACCUGCUAUUCCUUUGCAUAUUCGGACUACGUGGCUACAAACACGAGCUGGAGUCGCAGAUUGGUCUGAGAUGCGCCACGAAGGUGCGACAAGAUCUACUAGCGAUGAAGAACAUAAAAUCCGUAACGGUUGCCGUUACCACCGGGAUGACAUAUUGCGGCGUGGUCGGCCACGUUUUACGUAGAGAAUACACCGUGAUAGGAAUGUCGGUGAACAAGGCAGCGCGUUUGAUGGUCGCAUACAGCAACAAGGUAAUAUGCGAUCGCGAAAGUUUCCUACAUUCUCGUCUCGAAGCGAGGCAUUUUAUAUUGCAAGAGCCGAGACACCUGAAAGGAAUUACGAACGUCGGACCUGUCUACGAGUUUCAGGAACAGACGAAACACAUUGAAUCCGAAUUAACAUGGAGCAAGUAUCCUCUGCUAGGACGAGAAGCGGAAAUAAAGAUCUUCCAACAAAUCCUAACGAAUCUGAUGAAGUACUCUGCGGUGGACAAAACAGCGCAACGCGAUUUGAGGGUCGAAUACAACACGCUGGUUAUAAAGGGCAAACCGCGGAUCGGCAAGACGAGAUUGUUAAAUGAAAUCGCGCAGAACAUUCCCGCGGAAAUCCCGUGCAACUUCAUCUCCUUAGUGAUGAACGACGCUAAGGUCUCUUACAGCCUGAUCCACCUGAUCUUUUCCAUGCCGUUGGGUUUCAACGUCACUUCUACGGCGAAGGAGCGCGAGGAUAAACUGGUUUCUCAACUGGGCCACGUACGGCAACCCGAGUUUCUGUGCGCCCUCAAUCAACCCUUCAACGUGCACUUCGCAAUGAACGCGCGGUACAAAGCGUUGUCCGAGAAACAAAAGCACAACGUGCUGCAGAAGUUUCUGCUCAAACUGAUGCGGGAUUGCUUCAGGAAGCUGUGGGUAGUGAUUAUCGACGAUGCCGAGUACAGCGACAAUGAUUCCAUGCUACUGUUCGGCACGAUGGUCCAAUUGAACACGGUGUUCUUCGUACUUAGCGUUGGACAUAAGCUCAAUGCCCAGUACGAAGUGCACCCAGCUGUCUUGAAAAGAGCCCAAGUGAUUGAACUGAAACACCUAGACAGAUGGUACCACGCAGCACUCGUGUGCCAGAUUCUCAAUGUCAGCGGAAUUCCUGCUGAACUCGAAAAAUUGAUCCAAGAAAAAAGUUUCGGCAAUCCGGGGUGGAUAGAAAGUUAUUUGGUGAGCCUUAUGCAAUCUGGCAGCCUCGUAAUAAUGCACGUCCGCCGAGCGGAAGCCGAGGAGAUAGGCUACAUACUUCCUCCCAUCUCUAUGCUGAAAAAGUUUGUCUUCAAUCUUAAAUUUAAAAUAAUCGAUGAAGAAUCAAUCACCGUAUGCAACUUUGCGAAAGGAUUCGUGCCAGAGGAGGGAAACACUGAAAUGACAAUGGACGCCAUUCAGAAGCUCUUUGAUCUUCGAAUUUUUGGAUGCGCACGAGGAGAUUUUACUACGAGUACCAGACCGCUAAUAUUUUAUAGAAACGUAAGGAAAGCUAGCGUCGAGGGGGAACUCGAAUGCGAGUGUGUGGCCCUCGCAAUACCAGGAAAGGAAGACAUGAUAUUGGCGGCGAUAUUGGAGUUUGUUGAAGUCUGCUUGAUAGGCUACAACAUACCUCAGGCCCGCAGACUUUUACACGACGCUGAAGUUCUCCUAAAGAAAAUGUUCGAGAGCAACAAGGAAGAAGUGGUGGUCCUAUCUUAUCUCAUGGCAAAGAUCCAGACGCUUCAAGGUAGAUGUUAUCUGGAAAACGGCUUGCUCUCCGAAGCGAAGAAGAAACUAAGAGAGGCAAUCAAUAGUUUAGGCUACAAUUUUCCAAGUUACGAAGUUCUGAUCAACUUGGAGACAACAAUUCAAUACGAAUUACUAAAAUGGCGUUUGACCUGUCCUAUGCGAUGGAAAAUCAAUACCACCGAUGAACAAAGUAUGGAUUACAUCGAGCUGCUGGCUAAUUGCUUGGCACAGAUGUUUGACGUUUUCAGAGGAACAAGAGGAAUGAAGAAACAGACACGUCUAGCGGCCAUAUGGAGCUUAAAUGCUGCGCUGGAUUCAUCCAGAAAUUUUUACAUACUCUGUGCUUCCUUCUCGAACAUGAUGAUCACUGCGCAUGUUUUUAAAAACAAAUCGAUCAUAUCCUGUUUGGAAAACAGAGCUCUCAAUAUCUGUGCGAAGAAGCGGCACUCCCUUGAAUUUCAAGAGCUCAACGCUAUUGCGGAGGUUUAUGCGGGUGUAUUUUUCUUGCGAUGGUCGAGAGGAGAGAUUAGUAAAGCGAUCAGGAUCGGUUUUAUCACAAUAAGGAUGGCACAAACUUUGGACUCUACAUUUCUCAAAUUACUCAUAUUACCGAGAUUAGCGCAUCUGCUUAUGAUUACGUGUCGUCAUUCGGAGGCCGUAGCUUUGCUAAGAGAAUUGGAAUUUGUGUCGCAAAACAAUUUGGACAAAUCGGGCCGCACUUGGUACUACGCUAGCUGCGCGGACAUGCAACUCGACACCGGUUUUACGAUUCUCUCGUUUCAAAAUUGCGAGCAAUACUAUCUCCGAGAAGGGGAGAGCAUCAUCAGCCUUCAAGAUCCCGAAGCAGAGAGACGAUACUUUACCUCGAUGUGGUUGUGGUGCAUCAGAAUGCAACAGUGGGAAGCUACAAAAGUUUGGAAUAGUAGGAAUCUGACAGUCGAAAGCGCGGUGGACGAGCAUAAAGUGGCAGCAACGAUUACCGCAUUGAAAAAAUUAGAAGGUCUGCUACUUCUGUACGUAGGGGAAGUUAGUAAUAGGAACAUUAGCGCACUAAAUACGAUGGCGGAAAUUAAAAGACAACUUAAAGACAUCAAGAAAAAUAUAAAAAUGGUGAAAAUUGCAAUCCCCAGGUAUAUGUUGUUGAAAGCUUACUAUUAUAUGAUUCAGUCGCAAAAAAGAGCUGCACUGAAAAUGCUACGGCGGACGAAGAAAUUAUCCAUGAAAGUGGACAACAGAAUGAUUUAUACGUGGGCAAAUCAUUGUCAACAGGCUUGGCUGGGCGUCAUGUCUUCCGUACGCGAGAAUUUGUGGAAAGAAAAAUCUGCGAGCAAGCUAGAUGACGAAUGGGAUGAGAUAGAUGCCAACGACUCGACAGUAGUGCCUUUUACAUUUCCGUUGCCGCGAUAUGUUCUAUGAGUGUCUAUAAUCGUAGCGCCACAUGUGUAUCAUAACGGAUAUAUAUUUACAUUAAUGCAUAUACAUUAUAGUUACAAUUUAUCAUUAAUUAAUUUAAUUUCUGAAGAGUUAAUAAUGGGCACUAACCCGUAAAGUUAAAAAUUCAGUUUGAAAAUAUUACAAUAAUCGUUCACUGUAAUUUGUUUAUUUCAUAAUAUACAUCAUUAAUCUA